CGCGGGACGCAACUCUCGCGGACACUUCCGGUGAGGAAACAUGGCUGCGGCCGUUCGGGACUCACGUGUGAGUGCGGGGAAAAAGCUGAAAAACUCAGUGAAGAAGAAGAAGAAGAUGAAAGUCGUCGCCGCGGCUGUAGCAUCGGAGCUGGACGAUAAGGACAAAGACACUGCCGAUAACGGAGGUUCUGUAGGAAGCUGUGGAUCAGGAGAUAAUCGCUUUUCUUCUGAUGAUGAAGCAGUAGAAGCUGACAACGAAGAUGAAGCUGAACCUUGUGACAGUGACAGUGAAGAUGCUGCAGAAGCUGGUGUCGGAACCAGUGCGGGCUGGGCAGAUGCCAUGGCUAAAGUCCUUAACAAGAAAAUUCCUAAAAGCAAACCCACCAUUCUGGUCAAAAACAAAGAACUGGAAAAGGAAAAAGAAAGGUUAAAGCAAGAGAGACUAGAGAAAAGAAAGCAGCUUGAUAAGAAGCGGGAGUGGGAAAUGAUGUGCAGAGUAAAGCCAGAUGUUGUCCAAGACAAAGAACCAGAGCGCAAUCUUCAGAGAAUUGCAACGAGGGGUGUGGUGCAGUUAUUUAAUGCUGUUCAGAAGCAUCAGAAGAAUGUUGAUGAGAAGGUUAAAGAAGCAGGUGGCUCUAUUAGAAAGCAUGCUAAGUUGCUGUCAGCCGUCUCCAAGAAAGAUUUCAUCAGUGUUCUGAGAGGGGUGGAUGGCGCCCCAAAUGAGAAAAGUUCCACCGGGAAGAACUCAAAGGCCAAACAGACUGAGGUGAAAGCCGAAGAGGGCCCGGGAUGGACCAUCCUGCGUGAUGAUUUCAUGCUGGGAGCAACCAUGAAAGACUGGGACAGAGAGAGUGAUGGCCCAGAGGACAGCAGACCGGGACCUGAAAGUGACUCGGACACGUAACACAGUUCACGGUUUUUUUUUUCCCAGAAAACUACUUUGGGCUCCGAAAGUUGGGGGAUUUUUAUGAAGAUACCUUGGGGGAUUUAUAUGAAGAUACCGUUUGUAAGGAAGCCAAGAGACUCACUGUUAGCAACUUCGGUAUUUCCCGUUUUCGUAUAAACCUUGUUAAAUUAUUCUCUUUCAGGCCUUGUAUAGUUUACGCAUUGUUCCUCAGAACAUUUGUAAAAAGAAACAUUUCUUCUCGAGAUACUCAUCUUGCCAGGUUCAUUGUCAGUUUUCAUAUUGGUCAUGGAUAUUGGUAUUUUAUUUCAGAAUCGCCAGUGUUUGUAGAAAUGCAAUGCUAAUACAUAAUUAAAAUGAACGCUCCUUGAAGUUAGUAUUUUUCAGCCUUUCAACUUGGUGGGGAGGGUUGGUGUUUGUUUUAAUGAGCUGUUGAGAAAACCUGUGUAGCAAAAUGUUUAUAGUGUUUCUCAUUUGGGUUGAUGAUUUUAUUUUUAGAUAUUAUGGCAAAUAUGAUUUAGAAACAUCAAAUCUCUGCUUUUAUAUUAUUGGACAGAUUUAUUUAAGUGUUGGGUUAUUUUGGUAUGAGAACUUACUGUGGUGGAAAUUCUCCUAUUUAACUUACGCAGUGAGACAUGAUUUCUUAGGAAACAUACAAUGUACUGGCUUCUCCUUUUUUUGUUGUUUUUUUGUUUGUUUUCCUAAACAUUUAAAUUAGCUGAGGUUCUUUUUUGUGGACCGACUGACAGUGAAAUGAUAGACAGCAGGCAGUCUGCGUCAGUAUGUUGCAUCUGAUUGGAGAAUUGAUUCCUUAUAGUUGCCUUAAAGAUGAUUAAAUUGGGUGACUUUUAGAAUCUAGACGUUAAACAGAAAAAGAAGAAAAGGCAGGACUAUUUAAUAUCACUCCAGAAUUUCUGUGAAACUGGGCUUAAGAUGCAAAGUUUGUAGGGAAUUAUUUAAUAAAAAUGAUCUAUUUUUUUUUGAAAGGAGCCACCCUUUUUUCUUCAUCUUUUCCAUAAGGAAAAUAGUGCCCUCCUACUAUCCACUUGCACAUGCUUUUGCCUCUGUUCUGUAUCGAAGGAUAAUCCCCCCCUCAAAACUCUGCAGGAGGAGAGAUGUUUAUAUUUGCAGACCCAUUUGAGUCUUACAGAUAUCAUGUAACCAGAGUUAAAUUAGUCUGCGGCCUGGUAUUUGUUACUAUGCUAAAGGAUGGGACACAUCUAAGAUAUCAAAUGAUUAAACUAGCAGAGCUCAAAAUGCGUUUUUGUAUUUGUCCAAAUUUUUGAAAUGUAGUGUCUUUUUUAAUUAUAGAACUGCUGUUUUUUUCCGUGUAAUAUAAGUAAAUGUCACAAAUACUCCUUAAGCCGAACACAGCAUCUCAAUAUAACUUAACCCAGAGAGCUAUUUCAGUAAAACCUAACAUGUAGAUAAUUUUGAAGAAAAACAAUUUUUUUCUCAGAAUUAAAAAUUUUACUGAAUUUUUUUUGCUAUUAAUCUGUUUCCGAAUCACAUUAAAUAAAGUUUUGAAACUGAUGUGCUUCUGAAGAAUCCCUCGGGUGACGGAAGUAAAUAACGUCUCCUUUAGUGAAACAGUUGUUUUCAAACAUAUACUCGUACAGUCCUUGGUUUAAUUUAGAAAAAGCCAAGAUUUUCAAACUGAAAGUAAGGAAGAGAAUAUUUGCAGAUGUUCUUCUUUCAGAAAUUAUUUUAAAAUAAAAUCGAGGAGUUCCCGUCAGGGCUCAGUGGUUAACAAAUCUGACUAAUAUCCAUGAGGAUGCAGGUUCAGUCCCUGGCCUCGCUCAGUGGGUUAAGUAUCUGGUGUGGCCAUGAGCUGUGGUGUAGGUCGCAGAUGUGGCUCGGAUCCCACGUAGCUGUGGCUGUGGUGCAGGCCGGCGGCUACAGCUCGGAUUUGACCCCUAGCCUGGGAACCUCCAUAUGCCACAUGUGGCCCUAAAAAGCAAAAAUAAAUAAGUAAAAUAAAAUUGAGUUACCACUAUAAAAAAAUGUAUCACUUAUGUUAGAAGGCUGUAAAGCAUAUAUAAAUUACAUGAAGUAAUUUUUAUCAUAAAGAUGGGAUGUUUUAUAUGUUUUAGUAUUUCUGCAUAUUGGCUAUCAAAUAUUUAAACAAAACACUACCCUAUAUGAAUCUAAGGAUUAGCAUAUUAUUUUAGAAACUAAGUGUGUUGUAUCUUAAGGUGGAUUUUUAAAUAAUCUAGCUCUGUCAUCUCUACCCUAUUUUACUUACAGCAUUUAAACUCUUCUGACAUCCGUCAGGUAAAUCAUUCUGCAUUUUUGUUUUCUUCUAAUAUUAUCUUUGGGUUUUUAAGGAGGGAAGAGAAAAGGAACAGCAUUCCCAUAUACCCCUCCAGUGUAUCUAAAUAUAAGAAUAUUAGGGUUUUAUUUUUGGUAGCUGUUUAGGGUAAUAGUUAUAAAAAAAAGGUUUAUUUUUAUUUCUACAAAGAACAGUGGAAAAUGGUAACCAGUAUUUAGGUAUUACCUGAUUUCCUUCUCUGGAUAUUUGGAUGGCUGGGGUGAGUGUUCUCAGUAUUAGCAUAGUUAAGUAUAUUGCUUAUUUUUUGGUUUUAGGCAUUGAAUUCCCACAAAGUUAAUAAUACAUGUAGACUGACAAUAACUUAGAAUCAUCACAGUGGUUUAGUGCUUUAGCUUAGAGUAUUGCAUUUAUUUUUCAAGUUACCUAGACUUUACAUAGAUCAGGCAUUAUUUUAUUCAUUGAAAAUAUAUCUUGGAGACACUUUGGAUAGAACAGUUCAAAGGCUCACUCUUAGUACCUAGAAGCUCAGAUGACUCAGUAGGAGGUUCUGGAAGGUUUCUUUGAGAGUAAAUCCAAUCCUUUAAAAUAAUUUUGUUUUUCAUGAUAAGUGGGUGAAAAGGAUUGUACUUUCAGGGUUUUUUCAUCACUUUGUUAUGCGCAUCUAAACAUACUUAAUAUCCAGUGGCUGCUGAAAAACUAAUCCUGCCGCUCUUGCUGGUGGUCUUUGGGGUAUGUGAAUACAGUACUUACCUGUAAAGCCAUUUAACUGCAGCUUUGAGAUGCCGGAAGAUGUCCUAGUCAAGCAUAUAACAGCAGAGAAGUCCUAAGGCUGAAGUGUGAACAGAACAAACUGAAGGCAAAAAUUGUGCUGCCAACGAGCUAAAGAAACCGUCAGGCCUCAGAAAAUGCCUGUGAAGUCCUCUUCAUAGAGCAUAGCUAUCUCUAGACGAGCUAGGAGAUCAGAUCAGUAAGUUGACACUUCCGCAUCGUCCGGAUAACUUUUCCUUCCUGUAUUUGUUUACUUAUUUUUGCUAUUUUGUUAUCCGUUUUUAUUAAUAUAGGGAGACACAAGUGAAACGGGACAGAAGUUUUGUUUUUCUCAUUCCUUUUAAUGACCACAGAGUACCGCUCUUGUGCUUGGACUAUUGAUAUGUUUGUGCCUCAUGAAUUUCACUUUAAAACAAACAUUUGAAAAAUCAGUAGUUUUUUUUUGUUUUUUGUUUUUUUUUUUAGCAUUUGUGAUUUCUUAAGGAAGUGUCUAUCUGUCUGUCUGUCUGUCUGAAUCCAGGCUGCUAUGUCAGAUACCAUGGACUGGGGGCUAAAGCUGCACCCAUUUCUUUCUCCUGGUUCUGGAGGCCGGGAGGCCCAGCAUCAGGCUGCCGGCAGAUGUGCCGUCUCCUGAGUACCCUCUUCCUGGGCUGUGGACAGCUGACUUCUUUCUGCGUCUUUACUUGGGGAAGAGAGCCGAUCUUUCUCAGAGCUUCUUUUAUGAGGGCGCCGAACCCAUCCGUGAGGGCUCCACCCUCAUGACCCCCGUCCUCUCUCACGUCGGGCAGAACAGGGCUUCUGCAUAGGCAUUGGGAGGGAGGGGCCAAACUUCAGUCCGUCACAGUGUAUGAAAUAGCAACGUGUACAUUUUCAGCUUAGAUAUGAAAUGACUUUAGCUCCCAUUGUUUACUGGCUUAACUUUCCUGCUGGAAAGAGAAAGCUACGUGAGACAUUUCUCUGGCUUUUAUUGAGCACCUGCUCCAGGAACUCCGCUGGAGUUAUUUGAGUAGUGAUGUUUUUAUGACAAAAUCAGGGAUGAUUUUACUCCUGUAAAAAUCAAAAAGUUCCUGCACUAAGUGUCCAUUGUAUGAUUUGACUCAUGUGGCACUUUGGAUGAGCACUUGAAUCAGCCAGGUAAUGACAAUAUUUGUUUUAAAAAAAAAUUGUUAAAAGAUAACCUUUUGAAAACUUAUUAUAGUGGAACCUUAAAGGGCACAUUUAAAUACUAUUAUAAUAGAGUCUACGUAGUAUCGUAACAGAGGUCCUAGAAUAAUGAAGCUUGUCUAGGGCUGUGAUAGGGUUAAUUUGCUCACUUCACUUUUAUUCGGAAACGACUUUCAAUUGAGGGAAGCAUUUUCUUCUCCUCUUCCCUUGAGUUCAUCGAUCAGGAUCAGCGUGACUGCUAAGUGCUCCGCUCGCCGUGCGAGUGACGGGUGGGUAGUCUGUGAAGCCCUGCAGAUAUUUUGAGCACGAGGUCUCCUUGAGGUGAAGUGGCCUUUAGAACACAUUUUGGAACCAGGAGCGAGAACUCCUGCACGCCUGCAAAGAGCUCUCGCAUUCUUCCCCCAAGGAAGCAGGAGUCUGAAUUUUGACCUGCUGCAUCUUACUGACUAUUGGAGCAGACGUGGGUCCGGUGAAUUUUUUGCUGGCUGAGCUUUUCUGAAACGUGAUGAAAUAUGUCAAUCGGGAGGACGUGUGAAUAGAUGUGGGAAUAAAAUGGUGUUUGAGGUAGGAGACCAGACCUUUGGAAGAGGGCCUGGUGGUUAACAAAGUACCAAGAGCUGUAAUGAAUCCCCUCAGCAUGUUGUAGGUUGUAGCUGUCUUCCAGUGAUUCUUAAAUAAGUUUGGAUUCUCUUCUAAAGGGUGUUUUCUAGCUUAGAACCACAGCAAUAUUUUUCAUCCGGUCUCCUGAGUAUUAUUUCAGGGAGUUAUGAUUUAGGGCUUUUGUGCUCAGAAGAGGUGUCUUCAGAGACAAAGUUAUAAAAUAUGCUUUUGUUUUUUGGCCGCACCUGCAGCAUAUGGGACGUUCUCUGGCCAGGAUCAAACCCGUGCCACAGCAGCACCCCAGGCCACUGCAGUGAUCAUGCCUGAUCCUUAACCCACUGUACCACAAGGGAACUCCCAGAAUGGUCUGACAUGGCUCACCUCACUCACCGCCCCCCCCACCCCCUCUGGAGCAGGAGUCCAUAUUUCGCUUUUCAUUUGAGGAGUUAAAUAAGGGUAUCUGUUAGAGGAGUGGGCCUAACUCCUUAUCGUGGUAGUCUCUCCAUCACUACUGUCCACCCGGCUUUCUGUGAUGAAGGGAGAAUUUUCUGUCUCCACUGCCCUAUAAUACAGAAGCACAGGUGGUCACUGAGCAUUGCCGUGCGGCUAGGAUACAAAGAAAAGGAAUCUUUCACUUUACUUGGUUAUUUCAAGUAAAGCUUCUUGUGGCUAGUGGUGGUUUGUCUACCUAUGAAGAGAAUAAAGUCACAGAACAUAUAUCAGGUCCUAAUAAAACAUCAGUAAAUUUUGAAAUUGCA